CUUUAUGUAAUUAGGCUUUAGCAUGAACGCGAAGCUUGCAUGCGUUCUUUCCAGGAUUUGGAACUCAAGAACACAAGCGCGCAAACGUCAUGCACAAUAUGGGGCUUUUUCUUGUACAUUAUUAUUGAGAAUUUCCCCCAAAUUAUACACAUAUAGGAAAAUUCGCUUCGAUUUUCUGGACUCUUUCGAUUUAACAAAGAGAGUCCAGAAAAUGGGACGCACGAUAAUAUAUUUGUCAGUUGAAUAAUUCAAACAAAAAAAAAAGUUCUGAAUUGUGUUCGAUUUGAAUGUUCCUUAUCUUUUCAAUCUUUUAUUUGGUAUCUUUUUGCAUUAAUUCGUUCAAUUGUCAACCCUUAGGGUUCUUGUUCAACCUAAGUACUACUGAACCUAAUGAUUUGACCCAGAGUGAUUACCAAUUUCUGUUGCGAUGCCGCAAAAGGAUUCAUCUAAGUCCUGUGGAUGCUUCGGCUCUCUUUUCGGAAAGAAACCUUCAGGAUCUGGGAAAGGGAAAAAUCCCUCGGGGAGGAGUAGAAUCAUUCGGGCAGCAAGUAAUCACCUUUUGAGCAGUAGUAAGAAAAAGUCUGGAUCACCAAAGAAGGCUCAAGCUUCCACAAAUGGGGUGGUGCAGAAGUCGGAUGGUGUAGCUGACAAAUUGAUCACAACAUCUGAGCUUCAAAAUAAGAUCAUAAGCUUUAGAGAGUUGCUUAAUUUGCCUCAUUGUAUCAGUUCUUUAACCAUUAUAGAGUUGGUGAAAGACACGGUGAAAGAACUUCAUAAUUUACAUCCUGAUGUUGUGCAAUGUGGUUCAGUGUCAGAUUCAGGAGCUAUGCCUAAGGCAAUCAAUGAGCUUUGUGAAUCUAUCAAGUCUCUUGGGAAGCAUUGGAUGCAAAGUGAUGAAUGGAUGGUUAGAUCCAAGAAUGAUGAUGAAGCUAAUGGCGAUUUGGAAAGACAUGCGCUGGAUUUGCUUGAUGACAUAAUUAAUGUGGCACGAGUGAGAACAUUUAAUAAUAAAAAGGAUACAGAUGAUGAUGAUAAAGAAAUAAAAGAAGAUGUUGACUCGCCUUCUAGUUCAUAUGGAAAGUCUUCCAGAAGGUCAAAUUUUGACAAAGAAAGAUGUUCAUCUUCACCAACAACCCCAACUUCAGUUCUUCCCGACUUUCCAAAUAACAAAUCUGCAAAGGCAUGCUCAAAAAUGGACCCUCAUGUGGUACAAGUAAACAUGGUGUCUGAAGUAGAUGAAGAUGAUGGACAUUCUGAUAAAGUUGAAGGGAGGAAUAAAGAUGGAAAUUCUGAUGGGCUUGUAAGAGCACAUAUGGAGAUUUCUGUACCACCAUCUGUCUUAAAAUCAAUUGUAGAUGCUGAGAAUAUAUUGAUUCCUGCAGCAGCUUCACCAUCAUCAUCUUCUGAAAGACCAUCAAUUUCAGCACCAAUUAUAUCGCCACCACAACAGCUGUUGGUUUCAGAAGAAAGUCAGCCACCACCGCCGCCAGGUGGCAAGUUGGAGAUUUCACCACCACCGCCUCCGCCACCGCCACCACCACCACUACCACUAGAUCUCUCAGUGGGAGAAAAUGAUACAACAACACCAGAGCCACCUCCACCUCCACCACCACCAUCAAUGGCUACAAGUAAUACAACAUCACAGUCAGAUCCACCACCUCCGCCACAUUCACCAGCACCUCCACCACCACCACCACCAGAGAAACCAUCUAUGGCUUCUUCUGAUGAUUCAAGCCCACCUCAACAAGCUCCAUUGACAACACCAUCACCACGUUCACCUGCAAUUUCAUCACCGCCACGUAUGACACCAGGACCACCACCUCCUCCACCAGCUCCCGCGGCAUCUGGAAGCAAUCCACCACCAGCUACAUCAGCACUCCCACCACUACCACCCUCGGCACCAGGCAAUGCCAUGCCUGCAUCCCUAGGAUCACAUCCUCCUCCACCACCUCCCACAACAUCCGGAAACAUUCCACCACCACCACCAUCGUUUAAAGGAUCAAUGCCAGCAGCACCACCAGCAGCAUCUGGAAGCCUUCCACCACCACCACCAGCAUCGUCUGGAGGGUCAGUGCCAGCACCACUACCACCAGGACGACAAGGCAAAGGGGGUGCUCCACCACCACCACCUGCGGUUGGUGGUAGUGGAAAAUUGCUACGUAAAUCAGUUAGUAAACUGAAGAGAUCAUCUCAGAUGGGAUGCCUGUAUCGUCAACUAAAAGCAAAGGUUGAAGGAUCAAAUUCAAAGGCUACAGGUAAAUCACCACAAAAGAAAGGCAGUAAAGUCGGUGCUUCUGGUGGAAAUGGAAAGCAGGGACUGGGAAUGGCUGAUGCACUAGCAGAAAUGACAAAAAGAUCAUCUUACUUUCAGCAAAUCGAAGAGGAUGUAACAAAAUAUUCAGACGCCAUUAAAGAAGUGAAAGUUGCCCUCGCAUCUUUCCAAACAUCAGACAUGAACGAGCUCAUAAAGUUCCACAAAUAUGUGGAAUCCCAUCUUGAGAAACUAACUGAUGAAACACAGGUUCUGGCACGGUUUGAAGAUUUUCCUAGUAAAAAAUUGGAAGGUUUGAGAAUGGCGGGAGCCCUAUACUCAAAGCUAGAUACGAUUUAUACAGAUUUACAAAAUUGGAAGAUAGAGCCUCCUGUGAAUGACCUUCUUGAUAGAGUUGAGAAUUACUUCAAUAAGAUCAAAGAAGAAAUUGAUGCACUAGACAGAACAAAGGACGAUGAACUCAAGAAAUUUAAAAGUCAAAAGAUCCAUUUUGAUUUUGGUAUACUUAUUAGGAUCAAGGAAUCGAUGGUGGAUGUUUCCUCAAGCUGCAUGGAAUUGGCACUAAAGGAAAAAAGAGAGACAAGCUCAUCCAAAAAGAAUGAAAAAAAAGAGACAAGUUCAUCCAAAAAGAAUGGCAAAAAAACGGAUUCUGGGAAAAUCCUUUGGAAGGCAUUUCAGUUUGCGUUUAGGGUCUACUCGUUUGCAGGCGGACAAGACGAGCGUGCUGAAAACUUAACAAAAGAGAUCGCACAACAAAUACAAGCUGAGACUUUGCACUAGUAUUUAUCACUCUACAGGAAACAAGAGCUUUAGUUGACAUGUAUAUAUACAUUGUAGCACAAUAUCAAGCCAUUUGAGGCGCUUGAGAACACUCACAUAAGAGCUUUGGGGUUGAGCAAUGUGUUAUGCUAGGC